AUGGACUUUCUUUUGAACUCCACGUUUAAAUUCCUUGAAUGUCCCAGAUUAAAGCUCAAAAAGCCGUCUUGGCUUACUCUUCCGCCUCCUAUGCUUGUUUUCACGGGCCUCCUCGCCACUUACUUUUUAGUAACUGGAGGUGUUGUAUUUGAUGUCAUUAACGGCCCACCUAGUGCACGUUUUAAGGUCGCUUUUAUGCAAUGGCGAAUAAAUAGUCAAUAUAUAAUGGAAGGCUUACUCUGCAGUUUCAUGUUUACUUUGGGAAGUAUUGGCUUCAUAGUACUCGAUCGUGUCAACGAAGCCAAAAUGACGAAGAUUACACGUUUAAUCCUCUUGGCCGUUGGAAUCACCUGUAUGCUUACUUCCCUCAUCGCAACACGGUCCUUCAUGAAGAUAAAGUUGCCUUUCUCUCCAACGGCCAGCGGCGAAGGGCGGUCUACACAAAAUAAAGACCGAGAAUUCUUCCGAAUUCUGAGCCGAUCCUUUACCCUUAAGCUGUUGGACGACGACCGCUCUACAUGGGAGGAACCUUGA